UCUAGUCACUGACUAACAGGAACAUGUUGUGACUAUUACAUGACACAUCCGCUCACUCCAGCCUUUAUACAUUACAUUUUUGCCCAAUAAACUAUAUAUAUAGAUUUGUUUUUCUUCUUGUUUACUUCUUUUGAUGUCAUUGUUCACUUUGAAACAAUGACAUUUCACUCUGGCCAAUCAGGAGCGAGCGUUCAUACUGUGAUUAUGAUGUCAUAAUGGGCCAGUGAGAGUUUCUAGACCACCCUGGUGACAUUUCUUUAGUUGGCGAGUAACUGAUCAGCGCUCUGCAGCCCUUGCUCAGUGCUCUGCCAAUUUUUCAUCUUUUUUACUUCGAUUUUUGUGAAAUUUUAGUGAAUUUACCUGUAAGUGUCUAUUUCUUAUAGAGGGAACAUGUAUAGAGAGUGAUACGUGGGUUUGGCUGGGGAUAUUGGUCUCAAACGCUUUUGUGCUAUAGGUUUUUAUGCUCCAAAUGACUAAUAAUCACAUUUCUGCUUUAUUAACAGUAAAAACAACGAUGGGUCAGAAAUAUGGAAAAGCCUGUAUCUCAUGCAUUCCAUUCAGGAAAAAGGUUCAACUUCCAGACGAGGAUAAUGAGACGGAUUCCUGUAGCCAAGUGAAUGUUACACCCGUGAAAAGACCAAACCCACUGGCUCGGAUAUGGAAAAAGAGAAAAACCAAGAAAUCGGUGAAGUUUGCAGAUUCUCUCAAAUCUGUAACUCCCAUUGAGAUUGUGAAUUCUGAGAGUGAAGAAGAGGAAAGGGAGACGAGAUCGGAAGAAGAGAAGAGAAGUCCUUCUAAUGUAAAUACAGAACAUUCCACCCUCCUUUAUCAUUCUAAUAUUAUGGGGGACUCGGGAAUCAAUGUAUCGAUUGCUCAAGAGAAAGAAAUCUCUCCAGUAAAGCUUGAAAUAGCAGAACAGUCCCAAAAGGAGACAGAAGUGGAGCUGAGUGAAGAUGUUCCUGAAAGUGUUUCUCCUGUUCCUUCAGCAACUGAAAGUGAAGAGAUUCCCUCAAAUGCCAAUGAGGAAGAUAAAAAGUCGCCUCCUGCUCUUAUUGAGAGGCCUUCUGAUGUUCCUUCUGAUGUUCCUUCUGAUGUUCCUUCUGAUGUUCCUUCUGAUGUUCCUUCGGAUGUUCCCUCUGCUGAGGCUGAAUUUAGACCUGAAGAUAGUAGUGCCGUCCCUCAAGCAGCAGACAGUGAAAAGCCCGUAGAGGAACGUUCAUGUGUGGAACACGAUAAUGAAGAAAAUGUGGAGAUAAAAGCUGAGAAGUCUUCAGCUGAUCCAAACCCACCAAACACGCCUCUAAGUGUCCCUGAUAGACUUGCAGCCAGUGGUCCUAUAGUGACAUCUCAGGGGCAGAAAGAACAUGAGGCAGAAUGUGAAGAAAUAUCAAAAGGAAUUCUCCAAAGUGUUCCUGCUCCCAGCCCAAGUAGCUCAUGGCAGCCUAUAGACUGUACAAGUGAUGAGCAGCCAUCUCGCGUUUCUAUUAGCCAUUUCCAACUAAGUGCUGUGCUGGGCCAAGGAGGUUUUGGAAAAGUGUAUCUGGGAAAAUACAAAGAAACAGGCAAACUGUUUGCCAUCAAGACCUUAAAAAAGCGAGAAAUGACUUCCUCAAUUAAAUUGAACAGUGCUCUGAUGGAGAAGGAGAUUCUUCUUUUGGCCAAACAAGAGCAACAUCCGUUCCUCACUGGAUUGUUUGCCUCGUUCCAAACAGAGCAUCACGUUUGCCUCGCCAUGGAUUUAGCGGCUGGAGGCGAUUUAACAAAAGUCAUUGAUCAUCCGGAAUUCAACUAUAAAGCAGCAAUAUUUUACUCUUCGUGCAUUGUUCUGGGCUUGGAAUUCCUCCAUGAACACAACGUCAUUCAUAGAGAUUUAAAGCUUGACAAUGUCCUCUUGGAUGCAUCCGGAUAUAUAAAAAUCACAGACUUUGGCCUUUGCAAAAAAGGAAUGGGCGUUGGAGUCUUAACCACAAGCCCUGCUGGAACUCCUUAUUAUACUGCUCCAGAGAUAUUGAAAUGGGAGCCCUAUGGAAGAGCAGUAGACUGGUGGUCUGUAGGAGUGAUGCUUUAUUACAUGGUGCUUCACAGGUUCCCCUUGAUCAUAUCAGACGCCCCUGUCUGUGAGAUCAUUCCCCUUUAA